AUGGAAAUAAAACAAGAAGCUAGUGAGGAAACUUGUAAAAUAAAAACAGAGAAUGAGGCCUGUGAUGAGUCUUUGGAUGCUUUCAAAAUUGAAAUUAAAGAAGAACCUAAUACAGAAAAUGCAUAUGACUCUUUUGAUUAUUUAGACUCAAAUGUUUUCUCUGUAAAUACUAAAGUAGAACAAGAUGAACAUAAAUUAACACUAUUUGAAGGAAAGAAAACAACAAAUGAAGAAGGUAAAUAA